CCCCUCCAAAAAAAACAGACAUACAGAGAUCGAAUAUGCAAGUGGAACACAUCAACUCAGUUGUGUUAUCAUUGGCUCUGGUCAUCAUAGCCGCCCUGACAUGGGCGGCAUGGAGGAUAAUAAACUACGUGUGGUUCACUCCAAAGAAGGUGGAAAAAUGGCUGAGAGAGCAAGGCUUCAGUGGUAAUCCUUACAGGCUAUGGCAUGGAGACUUGAAAGAUAUAAGGAAGAUGACCGCCCAAUCAUACUCCAAAACCAUAAACUUAUCCGACGACUUCUUGCCCAGAGCUUUCCCCUUCCACCAUCAAAUCCUUCACAAAUAUGGAAAGAAAUCAUAUUUUUGGCAAGGACCAGUUGCGAGGGUGUUCAUCAUGGAUCCAGAAAUGUUAAGAGAGAUAUUGUAUAAAUACAGCAUAUUUCAAAAGCCAGUGUCCCAAUCACCCAUCUUUAGGUUGCUUGCUACUGGACUCGUAUCUCAAGAGGGUGAGCGUUGGGCCAAGCAUAGAACACUCCUCAACCCUGCUUUCAAACCACAUAACUUAAAGCAAAUGUUGCCAGGCAUGCAUGCCUGCUGCAGCAGCAUGGUAAGAAAAUUGGAGAAUUGGGUGAAAGAGAAAGGGGCGGUGGAAAUGGACCUGUGGCCUCAUCUGGGCAACUUAUCUGCAGAUGUAAUCUUAAGAACAGCAUUUGGGAGCAGCUAUGAAGAAGGGAAGAGGAUCUUCCAACUCCAAACGGAGCAAGCUAAGCUGGCAUUCGCUUUUACCCAAUCAAAUUAUAUCCCGGGAUGGAGGUUUUUGCCCACUAAAACCAACAGAAGAAUGGUGGAAAUCUACAAGGAAGUGCGCGGUUUGAUGCUGGGAAUCAUCAACAAGAGAAUCAAAGCGAUGAGAGUGGGAGAAGAUGAAAACGAUGAUGACUUGCUGGGGAUACUAAUGGACUCCAAUUUCAAAGCGGUUAGGACAGGAAGAAACAACAACGUUGGACUCACAAUUGAUGAAGUGAUGGAGGAAUGCAAGCUGUUCUACUUUGCCGGUCAAGAAACCACUUCCAACUUGCUGGCCUUCACCAUUGUUAUGCUGUGCAAGCAUCAAGAUUGGCAAGCCCGGGCACGCCAAGAGAUUCUCCAAGUUUUUGGAAACACAAUUCAACCAGAUUUCGAGCGCCUGAAUCAACUCAAAAUAAUAACGAUAAUUAUGUACGAGGUUCUGAGGUUGUAUCCUCCGGCAACUAUGCUGCUCCGGAAGACGACUGGGAAGACAGAGCUAAGAGGUGUGACGAUGCCUGAUGGAUUGGAGCUGGUGUUGCCGAUAAUCUUUGUCCAUCACGACACUGAUCUUUGGGGCGAUGACGCUAAAGAAUUCAAACCAGACAGGUUUUCGGAAGGGAUAGAGAAAGCGACGAAGGGGCAGGCUUCGUUCUUCCCCUUCGGCUCGGGUCCAAGAGUAUGCAUCGGCCAGCAUCUUGCAAUGGCGGAGGUUAAAUUGGCUAUGGCCAUGAUUCUCCACCAUUUCUCCUUAGACCUGCCUUCGUCUUAUGUCCAUGCUCCAUUUUCCCUUCUCACUCUUCAACCUCAAUAUGGUGUUAAGGUCAUCCUCACCAAAGUUUAGGCCUGGAACCCUAAGACUCUCCUUUAAACUCUGGGGAUUAAUUGAAGGGAAAUUAUACAUUUAUAUUUUAUACACCAUGUGAUAAACAUGGUAAGUAGACAAUGUACUUGUAAAUUGUAAUAAGAGAUUUGGCAUCUCCACCAA